AUGAUGGCGACAGUGCGCCGCGUUGUGUGUGUGUUGGCCGCUGCUCUGUGCUUCACGGCCUUGUGCGUGGCUGCUGCUGCUCCUGGUACUCCCGCUGCGCCCUCCACAGGUGGUGCUGCUGGUGCGCCUGAUGUGUCGGCGAAGCAGACAGACGUCGCUGCAAAGACGGAGGCCGUGGAGGCAGCAAGGAAAGCGGAGGUAGAAGCAAUUUCAUUUAAAGAUGCACUGAGUGAAGCGGAGACGGCACAGAAGGCGGCCAAGAAGGCAGCAGAGGACGCAAAGGACAUUCUGACGGGGGGCGCCAAUAAUGCAGCGGAGCUUGCGGCCCAGGCUUCGCAGAAAACGUCAGAUGCUGUAGAGGCGCUGAAGAAGCUUGUAACUGCAAGCUGUACUGUGGAAUCCUUAAAACUGUCAACAGAAAAGAAGAAAGCUGAGGAAGCAUUGAAUCACGCUGAAUUGGCUGUAGCGGAUGCUACAAAGGCAGUGUCGGACUGUAAAGGGCUGGUGGAGAAGGCGAACAGAGAGGAGGAGAAAGUAAAGGCAGCUAUGGUGAAGGCUACAGAAGCGGCGACGCGUAUACCAACAACAGCGGUAAAAGUUGCUGCUCUGAUUCAACGGGCCCAACAAGAAGCGAGUAAAGCAAGUGACCUAGUGAUGAAGUACCGCACGGAAGUGGAAGAGGCAAACAAAGCAGUGGAGGUGCUUAGUGCAACGAAUGUCACGCUUAGUGCGGCAACAAAAGUCGAUGAAGCAGCCAAGAAAGUUCCAUCCGGGGCAGUAAUACCAGAAAAAGAAUGCACAGAACUCAAACAAUUGAAGCUUGAUGGGUCUGAGACUGCUCCACUCGAAGUGACAACAAUGGAAGGAGCAAAAGUGCGCACUGCUGAGGAUAUCCGGGAAACUGACAAACUUGAGGCCCUAAUGAAGACAGCAAUAUUAAGCGCGGAUAAUGCAGUAAAGCUGGCGACAACUGAGAAGUCAGCCGCUGAAGCGGAGUUACAGCAAGUCAAUAAGGAUCUGGAAGCCGCUGAAAAGAAACAGAAGGAGAGUGAGAAAGAGAAAGAGGAGAUUCUGGAAAGCGAAGUGAGUGAAAGGGAUGAACAGAAAGGACUCAACCGUCCCCAUCAACCUGACACCACUGAUGCCACUUCGUCUCCUCCUUCUGGUGCGUCGUUGCCUACGGCCGAUGGUACUGCGGAUGGCGAGAAGCUUCUUGCUCAGCACACAGAUGGCAGCGACGUC